CGGCUCCGAGGCUCCGAGGGAGCGGCGCGGGGAGCAGGGCCGCGGGCGGCAGACCUCUGCCCUCCUGCGGGCUCAGCUUUCGCCGGGGCCCGCACCCCCACCCUCGUCCCGCUCCUCUGGGAGGUCAGCCCGAAGCAGACGGACUGUCCUUUUUCCUUGAGACCUGGUUAUUGCAUCAGAUUUGCUUGUAAAUGUAUCACGAAGAGGCAGCCCAGAAUGAAGAAAGCAAGCAGGAGUGUUGGCUCAGUGCCUAAAGUGUCUGGGAUAAGCAAAACGCAAACAGUAGAAAAAACUAAACCUGAAAACAGUUCUUCAGCAUCUGCAGGAGGCAAACUUGUAAAACCUGGAACAGCAGCAUCAUUGUCAAAGACCAAGAGCAGUGAUGACCUUUUAGCUGGAAUGGCUGGAGGGGUGACAGUGACUAAUGGUGUUAAAGGAAAGAAAAGCACCUGCCCUUCCGCAGCAUCUUCAGCAUCUGCCCCUGCCAUGACCACCUUGGAGAACAAAUCCAAAAUUAGCACAGGCACAAGUUCUUCAACCAAGCGGAGCACGUCCACAGGUAAUAAAGAAUCCAGUUCUACUAGAGAAAGAUUACGUGAACGUACUCGGCUAAACCAGAGCAAAAAACUACCUUCUGCAGGUCAGGGAGCUAAUGACGUGGCACUGGCUAAACGUUCCCGCAGUCGCACUGCUACGGAAUGUGAUGUUCGCAUGAGCAAGUCUAAAUCGGACAAUCAGAUCAGUGACAAAGCUGCUCUGGAAGCCAAAGUGAAAGAUCUUCUCACACUGGCAAAAACCAAAGACGUGGAAAUUUUACAUUUGAGAAAUGAACUCCGAGACAUGCGUGCUCAACUGGGCAUUAAUGAGGAUCAUUCUGAGGGUGAUGAAAAAUCUGAGGAGAAGGAAGCCAUUAUUGCUCACCAGCCAACUGAUGUUGAGUCCACUCUUUUGCAGUUACAGGAACAGAACACUGCCAUCCGUGAAGAGCUCAACCAGCUGAAAAAUGAAAACAGAAUGUUAAAGGACAGAUUGAAUGCAUUGGGCUUUUCCUUAGAGCAGAGGUUAGACAAUUCUGAAAAACUGUUUGGCUAUCAGUCCCUAAGCCCAGAAAUUACCCCUGGUAACCAGAGCGAUGGAGGAGGGACUCUGACUUCUUCGGUGGAAGGCUCUGCGCCUGGGUCAGUGGAGGAUCUUUUGAGUCAGGAUGAAAACACCCUUAUGGACCAUCAGCACAGUAACUCCAUGGACAAUCUAGACAGUGAGUCCAGUGAGGUGUACCAGCCCCUCACAUCGAGUGAUGACGCCCUGGAUGCACCAUCGUCCUCAGAGUCGGAAGGCAUUCCGAGCACAGAGCGUUCUCGGAAGGGAAGCAGUGGGAAUGCCAGUGAAGUGUCCGUUGCUUGCUUGACGGAACGGAUACACCAGAUGGAAGAGAACCAACACAGCACGAGUGAGGAACUUCAGGCAACUCUGCAAGAACUAGCUGAUUUACAACAGAUUACCCAAGAACUGAAUAGUGAAAAUGAAAGGCUCGGAGAGGAGAAGGUUAUUCUUAUGGAGUCUUUAUGUCAGCAAAGUGAUAAGUUGGAACACUUUAGCCGACAAAUUGAGUAUUUUCGCUCCCUUCUAGAUGAACACCACAUUUCUUAUGUCAUAGAUGAAGAUGUAAAAAGUGGACGCUAUAUGGAAUUGGAACAACGUUACAUGGAUCUAGCUGAGAAUGCCCGUUUUGAACGAGAGCAGCUCCUUGGUGUCCAGCAGCAUUUAAGUAAUACUUUGAAGAUGGCAGAACAAGACAACAAGGAAGCUCAAGAAAUGAUAGGGGCACUCAAAGAACGUAAUCACCAUAUGGAGCGAAUUAUUGAGUCUGAGCAGAAGGGUAAAGCGGCCUUGGCAGCCACAUUAGAGGAGUACAAAGCCACAGUGGCCAGUGACCAGAUUGAGAUGAACCGCCUGAAGGCCCAGCUAGAGAAUGAAAAGCAGAAAGUGGCGGAGCUAUAUUCUAUCCAUAACUCUGGAGAUAAAUCUGAUAUUCAGGAUCUCCUGGAGAGUGUCAGGCUGGACAAAGAAAAAGCAGAGAGUUUGGCUAGUAGCCUGCAGGAAGAUCUGGCUCAUACCCGAAAUGAUGCCAAUCGAUUGCAGGACACGAUUGCAAAGGUAGAAGAUGAAUACAGAGCCUUCCAAGAAGAAGCUAAAAAACAAAUAGAAGAUUUGAACAUGACAUUAGAAAAAUUAAGAACAGAGCUCGAAGAAAAAGAGACAGAAAGGAGUGACAUGAAAGAAACCAUUUUUGAACUUGAAGACGAAGUAGAACAACAUCGAGCUGUGAAACUUCAUGACAACCUCAUUAUUUCUGAUUUAGAGAAUACGGUUAAAAAACUCCAGGACCAAAAACAUGACAUGGAAAGAGAAAUCAAGACACUACACAGGAGACUUCGGGAAGAAUCUGCAGAAUGGCGGCAGUUUCAAGCUGAUCUUCAGACUGCAGUGGUCAUUGCCAAUGACAUUAAAUCUGAAGCCCAAGAGGAGAUUGGUGAUUUGAAACGCCGGCUACAUGAGGCUCAGGAAAAAAAUGAGAAACUCACAAAAGAAUUGGAAGAAAUAAAGUCACGCAAACAAGAAGAGGAGCGAGGCCGGGUGUAUAACUACAUGAAUGCUGUUGAGAGAGAUUUGGCAGCCUUAAGGCAAGGGAUGGGACUGAGUAGAAGAUCUUCAACUUCCUCUGAGCCAACCCCUACGGUAAAAACCCUCAUCAAGUCCUUCGACAGUGCAUCUCAAGUACCAAACCCUACUGCAGCCACAAUUCCUCGAACACCUCUGAGUCCAAGUCCUAUGAAAACCCCCCCUGCGGCAGCUGUCUCCCCUAUGCAGAGACAUUCCAUAAGUGGACCAAUUUCUACAUCCAAACCCCUGACAGCCCUGUCAGAUAAGAGACCAAACUAUGGGGAAAUCCCUGUUCAAGAGCAUCUAUUAAGAACAUCUUCAACCAGCCGACCUGCUUCUCUGCCAAGAGUACCUGCCAUGGAAAGUGCCAAGACCAUCUCAGUGUCUCGACGAAGUAGUGAAGAGAUGAAACGAGACAUCUCUGCACCCGAGGGGGCAUCACCGGCUUCUCUCAUGGCUAUGGGCACCACAUCGCCACAGCUUUCCCUCUCCUCCUCCCCGACAGCAUCUGUGACCCCCACCACCCGAAGCCGGAUAAGGGAAGAAAGGAAGGACCCUCUCUCAGCGUUGGCGAGGGAAUAUGGAGGGUCCAAGAGGAACGCUUUGCUGAAGUGGUGUCAGAAGAAAACAGAAGGCUACCAGAAUAUUGACAUUACAAACUUCAGCAGCAGCUGGAACGAUGGGCUGGCCUUCUGUGCCCUCCUGCAUACGUACCUUCCAGCCCACAUUCCAUAUCAGGAACUGAACAGCCAAGAUAAGCGAAGGAACUUCACCCUGGCCUUCCAGGCGGCUGAGAGCGUUGGCAUCAAAUCCACGCUGGACAUUAAUGAAAUGGUGCGAACUGAACGGCCUGAUUGGCAAAACGUGAUGCUGUAUGUGACGGCGAUCUACAAGUACUUCGAAACCUGAGCACACCUGAAGGACCCUCCCCAGUUACCAAGCGACACCAACACCAUUAGCUACGCGCCCCAUAAAGCUUUCAGCAACUCUAGGCUGCCCCGAAGCGUCUGAGCCUUCAGCCCAGGGCCUCCAACUUGGGAGAACUCGGGCCUGUGUGGCCCACGGGUGCUCUAACCAAGCUCCUCCCACUUGACCUGUCCAGUCAGAGGUCAGCGUGGGCUUAACACACAUCACAUAUGCUGAUUUGCUGCUGGAGUUUUCCUUCUGAAGAGAAUAUUGAACUAUGCUAGUGCUGUGGGGUAUUUAAAAUAAGGCUCAUGUACAGUUAAACUUGGGGAAAGGGGAUUAAAUUAUGUGGGCAGCUCACGGGUUAGUGAAAGCUUCAGCCAUGGCACUCCUGAGUGCUCGCCAGCGCCGGUUCUGUCACCGUGCGACCCGAGUAGGGAACUUGGUGCCUGACAGAGGUUCCCGCUUCCCGGCACCAGGCAAGUGGGCCUCAAAUCUUUACGUGGGCUUGGUUUCAAGAAGUGUCGCCACAGCAGUGCAUGGCAGGGCUGUCCUGGCCAACACGGUUUAGUUGUUUUCAGACUAAGCUGACAUGAAGACGACUUGCUCCGGCUCUCUGCUGCCACUGAACAGUUCACGCGGCUGGCCACAGGAGAUGGGUCAGGGGCCCCUUGCUGCUGCUCUGCCGACCUGUCCUCCAGCCUUGAAGGGGCUUGGGAAACCAGCUCUGACGCAAAGUUUCUGGACAAAAGAAUUGAUCAUAAGGAAUUCUCUAGUUUAAAAAAAAUUUUUUUUUUUCUCAUGAGCAAUAUUGAAGGAAAGUAGCUCCUGUUGUAUUAGCACCAAAGUUAAAUUGUUUUGGUAAGCAUAGAGAUAAAACACAAAAUCUGGACAUUAGUGUGGUGACAGCCAGGAAUGAAGUUGGAAGUAGCAGGAGAAAAAACUAAACAACUUGAGGGAGCCCAGACAGUAUAAUUUGAAAUCACUCUGAGUUGCCUACAUGUCAUCCACUUGGGCAAGAUUUAAGGAAGUGCCUUAAUUCUCCUUGCAAGGGUGGCCACACACAGGGUCUUGGAGGCCUCCGCAGCCCGCUGAUGCAGGGGGUCCCCUGCCGUGCAGCCCUCUCCACAAUCAAGCAACAGGCAGCCUCACUACAACCCCCUUCUGCACAGGUUGAACCAAAGCCUUAUUCUUCAAGGUGUUCUGUUGAAGUGACUCUCAGACUGGGACUCAGCCCUUUUUGGGAACAGGGAGCCCAAGUUUCACGUGCACCUAACACAGUAGCUGUUGGUUUGAAUACAGCUGUGUUUAGCGCCUGGAAAGGAGCAUGAGGAAGAGCUGCCACCAGUGGAAACAGGAUCGCUGCCCCAGCCCAGAUGCAAGGAGGGGACUCGCAGAAGGCCACCAGCCAGUGUGGGCUGAGGGUUCUGCAUUUGAGCAUGAUGUUCUAGACUAGGAGUUUGACAUGUCUGUAGCCUAGAAAAGAAUGUGAUUAUUAUGAAACAGUGUGUGUGUGCGCAGCCUGCUGGCCCGUGGUCGCCAGGUGGCUGGAGAAUGCCCUCCCGCCCUGUCCAGAUUCCUAACCUGGCUGCUCCGGCUGCUGCCUCAUCUGGAGGCUUUUUGUAAGUGGAGCCGCCCCCAAGCACAUGGAUAGAACUCGGUAGACACCUGCUUAUCCCUGUGUCCCCUGCCCAGGUUCUCCGCUUGUUUGUUGCUCUGUUAACAGGUGCUGUCUGCCGAGGGAUUGUUCCGGUGAGAGGGGCCGUCUUUGAUGUCUCUCCUCACUUGGUUCUUUGUGCCCUCCCUUUUCCUCCCAUUUGCUCACAGAGGCUCCUGUCUGGACCCAGUGUGUCUGAUCUGCAGCAUGUUUUUUUGUUUAUUUAUUAUGUUGGAGGGGGGCUGUCUUGUCCUAUGGAAAAGAAGUUCUGCAGUUCACACCUUUGUCCCUUCUUAGCCAAGUGAUCCAGCCCUAGUGGCUUGCGCUGUCAUGGGGUCUCCAGUGUCUUGGAGGAGAACAGCCACUGCUGAUGGGCAGCCACCGCAUGGCUGGCGUUGCCCAGAUCAUGCUCUGGGGCCAGUGACAGGGCAGAGGGUGACCAAGAGGAGGGAUUGGCCGCCCCCAGUCCCACCUAUCUGGGGACCCACCUGUCUUCCUGCCAACAGGUCAUGCAGGGGUGCCUGGCUGGGCUGCCCAUGUUUGCAUGUGGAUCCACAGAAGAUUCCAGAAGUGUGACUUUUUGCUUUUUCUAAUAGGAUCCUCAUAACAUUUGGCUUUAUGGGAUGAUUCUGGAUGGUCACAUAUACCUGAAAGUGAUACUCUGAGGUGCUUUUGGCCCAGUGGCACUUGAUGUGAAGCUUCCAGAAAAUCAGUUUGCCUUGUUUCCUUUGAAGCAUAAGCUUUACUGCAAAAGGGCCAGUUAACGUUUCUAUUUCUCUCACCCACGGGCUUCUGCUGGUGAUACUUUUUUACUUUGUUCUAUUAAAUAUUCUUGAAUGUAUUAAAAUUGCUGAAACACA